AUGAGCAACAACAGUAAUAAAUUCGUUGGGGGAAAAUUAAAGCUAAAAAUUAAUAAAAAAAAAAAAAAUGAAAAAAAACAUAAAAGUCAUGAUGGAAAACAUGAUAAUUAUAUGAACAAAAAUGAUGAAAAUUAUGAACAUGUUCAGAUAAAAAAUAGUAUUAAAAAAAAAAAAAAAAAUAAUAAUAAUAAUAAUAAUAAUAAUAACAACGACGAAGAAGAAAAUGUAAUAAAAGGAAGUGGACGAGUAGUUACAAUAAAAAAUACAGUGCAAGGAUUUGAAACAAAAUUCGUAGAAGAGUUUAAAGUGGGCUAUGAAAUAAUUCUAGAAAACCCAACAAGUUUACAAACAGAAAGAAAACUUGUAACGUCCAUUUUAAGCAACAGAACACUGCUCAUUGAGGAGGAGUUCUCAACAGACAUAAGUACCACGUGUUCCUAUUACAUAGGUAUUGUUAAGAAAGAUGGAGAAAAAACAAACAAUAAGGAUAUUGUCAAUCAGAUCGAAUUAGAUGAAUAUGUCCCUGAUCAGCAUAUUGAUCAAGUUGAUUUGAAAUAUGCAAAGGUCUUUGAUCUGAAACCCAAACAUGACAUCGUUAAGGUUAGGGAAAAAUCUGGUCUCUGGUCAUACAAAAUUGUGAAUAAAAAAAUAAAAGGAAAUCUAACCAACGAAGAGAAGCUGGAUAUCAGAGUGAAAAGUGGGAGAGACAAAUUCUGUUGGUAG